UAAUAUAAAAAAUCGAAGUGGAAUUGACCUUGCAACUAAUAAUCUUAUCUUCACAUUAAGCACGAGGAUCGAAUUUGUCAAUCGAGUAAUUAACCAAUGCACGACAUGGUUAUCACUUAAUUAAUCGAAUUGUAGACAAAAAAAACUAAUUUGGGUCAUGAAGAGCCAGCAGUUUCCUUAAGCUAUAUAAAGCCAAAGGUCGUCCUUUCCUCCUUGACUUCUCCUGAUAGAAUUGAAGAGGAAUGACCACCAUGGCAAUCACAUUGUCUCACAGUAACAUCAUCAUUCCAAGAAACCCAACUGAGAAGAGCAGGAGAGCUUGCUUGUGCCAUAACAGCAAAAUCAUUCCUGCCGCAUCAGUUUCGAUUAACAAGUUGCCAAGAGGCAUAAAGGUUUUUGAGGAUCAAGAAAUGGGAGUGAUAUGCUUCAGAUAUGAAAAUGGGGAAAUAGUAUGUGAAGGAUUUGAUGAAGGGCCCCGGUUUGUUCGAUCCGAUUUUGUGCGAAAAAGAUUGGGAAGAAGGAAUAAAGAGUUUCAGAUCCCAAGCUUUCUGAAAAUAUAUAACUCUGGAUCAUGACUUCUGAUGGUGUAUUGGAAAGACGGUUAGAUAAGUAAAUAAGAGUCGAAGCUUUAGGAAUUCACCUUGCUGUUGUAAAUGCAUGCAGUGAAGUAUUGAAUGUAAAAUUUGGUAUCUGCUGUGAAAGUUCCAGGCUUGUAAUCAGUGAACACCAAUUUAAUUAUAUCGUGCAUUGGAAAGAAAACUUCUUUUUUCUUCGUAUGCACGGGUGACUCCCUUUCCGCACUAAAUGACAGGUCGGACCACCAACCUCUCCCGAGCUGAAGAAAUUUAAGACUCGACCAGACUAUCUUCAAGCAGCGAAUCUGCUAGCCGAUCUGAAGCUCGACAUCAACAAGCUUCUUCCUGAAGGAGUGAUGUAUAUAUUCGGUUUGAGUCCGAUCCGGACCCCGCUCUUGAGCAGCUUUGCGAACAUCGUAAUGGAGUCGGCGCUGUUCGGGAUUUUGAAAAAGAAGGCGGUCGCGCUCGAAAUUGUAGCGGCCAAGGAAAUGGAGCAAUUGGGCAUUGCUCCGGUCGGCUCUCACGAGGACGAGAGUGAAACGCAGGCAGGGGAGUCGGUCGCUCAGGCUUCGCCUACGGAUACGACUGGCGGUGCAACUCCUAGCAAGGAACCGAUCGUUCGGGAAGAAGACUCCGAAUCGGAGGACGAGCUCCCGCUAGACAGGAAAAGAUGGCGAGUUGAGAAGCCUCUUCGUUCUGCAACCUCCGCAGUGCAAGCGUCUGAGCGGAUGGACACCGCCUCUCAACGCGGCAAAGCACCAUCGGUCGAGGCGCUCUCCUCCGACCGGACUCCCUCUCAGCUGGAUGCGCCUGCGACCCCCAUCGAAGCGGUGCCGGUUAGCUCCCUUCCUCCUGCAUCACGCCGAGUCCUCCGCUCGGGCAUUUUGUCCAUAAUGUCCAGCCCCGCCUCAGAUCCUUUGGCGUCCGCUCAGACGACUCCGGGUCGGCGCCGCACUAUUAGGGUCACCCUACAUCUCUCUAUCGAGGCGUUCAUGGCCGAGUCUGAUCGGCCAACAGCUCCUGAAUAUAUGAUCACUAUGAAGGGGGCUCUCGCUGAGAUGUGGGCGGACGCUCGGGCCCGUGUGGCCAUGAUACCGCUCGACAAGCUGGCUAACAGCCACAUGCAGCAGUCCACAGGGCGAUGGGUGGAAGAGAUUGUUGUCUCCAACCGCUUGGCUAUGGUGGAGGAGGAGCUGAAGAGGCUGAAGAGUCAGGGCGGCCCGUCUUCUUCUCGAGGCCCUUCUUAUGCCGAGCUGCAGAAGGAGUUCACCAAAACCAAGGAUCUGUUAGAGGCCGAGAGAAAGAAAACGGCCGAUCAGGCGUACAUGUUGGACCAGCUUAACAAGCAUGUCAAAAGUUAUGACCACAAAAUUGAGCUCGCCACCACUCGGAAGAACACCGCCAUUGCUGAUCUGGAAAAAAAGAAUGUGGAAGCCCGAGCUCUGGAGCAGCGUGUGAAUGAGCUAGCCGAGCUGCUAGAAGGAGAGCAGAAAGGCCGCUCGGAGGAGGUGACCAAACUCAAGGACGAUGUGAAGGGCCUGCAGGAGGCUCUAGAUGCUUCCCGUGCCACCUUCAAGGAGUACCAAGAAGCGGAGCCAGGCCGCGUCGCAACUCUGAGGCAAAAAUACAUCCGGUCGGCGAAGUUUGUGGAGAAGGUUUGCGACUGGCUGGUCAUCGCCUUCGAGUUGGCCAUCACCGCCACAACGGCCAUCGACUCAGCGCUCGGACAGGAUCAGUGGGCAACGUUCAUAAAUGUCACUAAUGGGAAGCAUAUGACGAGGAGCAUUAUCAUCUGAAUCA